AUGCGGGAGUGCUGUCAGGCCUGCCGACAGCUUGAAGGUGGUCGCCAGCCCACUGAACGAUUGUUUCCAUGGGUUGCAACGCAAGCCCCUGAUUGGUCACCCGAGAAUGUAUGCAAACAUGACAAAAUAGACAAAAUAAACAAAGAAAUCCAAAACGAACGUCGUCUCCCCUGGAAGAACGCAGAUUGGAAAGCCUGGCUGGCAGCUCUCACGCCGCGAAGCCAGACCUGGAAAGCGGGACCGUACGAGACAACAGAACAGAUCGACGCGGCCGUGGAACUUAUGGUUACCGACAUUCUCCAAGCAGCCCAAGACAACGUUCCCCGAACCAGCGUGAAUGAAUGGUCUAUACCGGGAUACACGAAGCAGCUCGCACCACUCAGGGCAGAGGUCCGCCGCGCUCGUAGGCACGCGAAGGCGGAGGACCCGGAGGCCUUGGAGGAGUUUCGACAGCUUAGGCAUAAGCUCGGCCGCCAGAGCGCUAAAAUCGCCCGAACUGCUCAUCGAGAACGCGUGGAAGAAGCCACGCAAGAUAUCCAAGGGUUCUGGAAUCUCGCCAAAUGGGCGCGUAGCCGAGGGACGCCUCAGGCAACCUUCACGCCAACACUCCAGGCAGGGGAUCGCACAUAUGAAACGGCAGUCGAAAAGGCGCAGAUCCUCCAGGAGACGCUCCUUCCCCCAGCGCCGGACGCAGACCUUGGAGACUUACAGGGGUUCAUCUACCCCACGUCGAUCGACAUGCCAGCAAUCACACAGGACGAAGUGACCAGGGUAGUCCUUAGGACCGCAUCGCACAAAGCACCCGGACCAGACGGCAUCCCAAAUGCUGUGCUAAAGAAGGCGCUCGAAGUCCCGCACUUCGCGGCCUUUCUGACAAGCCUCUUUAACGAAUGCCUCCGCCACGGUUACUGCCCACGCCACUUCCGUGAGUCGACCACUGUCGUUCUCCGGAAACCUGGAAAGCCAGACUACACAGUGCCGAAAGCAUACCGCCCAAUCGCACUACUUAAUACGUUUGGGAAAGCCAUGGAGGCAGUCAUCGCAGCUCGAUUAAGCUUCCUCGUUGAAGAACACCAGUUACUUCCGGAAACCCACAUCGGAGGCCGGAAGGGCCGCUCGUGCGACCAUGCAAUCCAUCUACUUCUUGAACAGAUCCACGCGUCAUGGAGAAACGAUGAUCGGGUUGCAUCUCUGCUCACAUUAGAUGUGAGCGGGGCCUUCGAUAAUGCAUCGCACCGACGGCUGCUCCAUAACCUUAGAAAACGGCGGGUCCCCCAGUGUAUCAUCCGCUGGGUGGGGAGUUUCCUGCGUGACCGGCAGACCUCACUACUCAUGCAGGAAGGCGAUAUGGGACGAUUUGGCGUGGCUACGGGCAUCCCGCAAGGGUCACCGAUCUCACCGAUCCUAUACCUCUUUUAUAAUGCAGAUCUUAUAGACGAGAUCCACCAUGCGGCCCCGGGACAGGUCCUGGUAACGGGGUACAUCAACGACAUUUGCAUCCUAGUCUGGAGCAAGUCCUCGAGGAAGAACUGCCGUCUCCUCCAACACCUACACCAGAUCGCCGAGACGUGGGAGAAACGGCAUGCAUCAAGGUUCGCGCCCGCUAAAUACGGUCUCAUGCAUAUGUACCGCACGCGAGGCAGUGUCCCUCCAGAGGAUCUUGAUGCCGACCUUGAGUUACGCGGAGAGACAAUACGGCCAACAAAAACUCUCCGCUACCUCGGAGUAUAUCUCGAUGAGCACCUCACUGGUCUAACCCAGAUCCGGAAAUGCCACGGGAAAGCGUCCGAACUCGUUUCCGCCUUACGAUCGAUAGCAGGGAUGACAUGGGGUGUCAACCUCCUCGAUCUCCGCCGUAUGUAUACAGCAGUCUUAUGGCCGCAGAUCAGCUUCGCGUGCUCUAGCUGGUUCACAUGGGGCCCUUGGGGCUUCACAGGCCCCUUGAACGAGCUCCGCAGGACACUCGAAUCUAUCCAGCACCAGGCACUUUACCGGAUCGCAGGCGCAUUCCGCACAACCGCACGCGCCGCGCUCGAAGUGUGCCUCUACAUCCCGCCACCAAUGAUCAGCCUUACCCGUCUCGCGGAAGAGGCCUGUAUCCGUCUCUGCUCAUCACCGUUCAUGGGCACACUUCGCCAUAUCCGCGAGUCUGGAAAACGACCUGAGAUUUACAGAGGCCGAGCACCGCAAUCACACCGCAGACGCCGCCACUCUGACAACCUUAUCGGACGAACCCCCUACGCGCGGCGGAGGUAUGAUGAUCUUCUUCAGGACCCGCUCACAUCCCCUCUAGAGCGGCUCGAGAUCCGGCUCCGGCAGAAAGGGGUGGAGUGCAGCCGCCUCGAGCCAAUCCAACCAUUUGCAGUUGCUCCAUGGUGGAAGGGACCCGAGACGGUCAUCUCAUCCACUAAGGAUGCAGCUACCCACGCCCAUCACGACGUCUUACGCCACGGCCCAAACGGAUAUAUCGCCUAUACAGACGGCAGUGCUACCGACAAAGGGGUUGGCGUAGCCGCGAUCUACCCAGGCGGCAAGACGGUCGCGCGCGUCGGCACCCGCGAUACGCACACCGUCUACGCGGCUGAGCUUCAAGGGAUCCAAGCCGCACUUGCCUUUCUCGUGCUCCGAGAGUUCCACCGUGCCCAGAGCGGCAUCCCUAACAUCCAACCUGCAUUGCGGACGGCCACGAUCUUUACGGACAAUCAAGCAGCUAUUCGAGCGUGCGCGGAACCCCGGCGGGGCUCCGGGCAAUGUAUACUGCGCAGUAUCGUACAAUUCGUCGAUAACCUAAACCGCAAGGGAUGGAAGAUCCGACUACAAUGGAUCCCGGGACACAAUGGAGUCUAUGGGAACGAAAGGGCCGACGUACUGGCAAGAGAUGCGGCUAACUCACCAACGGCAGACGAUCAAGGGGCCCCCAUCAUACUCACCUCAAGCAGCCGCACAAAGCUACGCUCAAUUGCGAAGCAACAGUGGGAAAGAGAAUGGGCCACCGGCCGAAGCGGCGCCGCUACAAAGUCUCUCUUUCCAGCACCUACGAAGGCUAUCUUCCGUAUUCACGAGAAACUCCGACGAGCGGCAAGCUCCGUCGUCAUCCAGAUGCAGACAGCCAAGAUAGCACUCGCUAGCUAUUUGGGCACAUUUGCCGGAGCGCAAGAAGCAGCCAUCAGGGACCCCACGCUCUGCCCGUGCGAUCGCGGCAGGCAGACCGUACGACAUGUGCUCUUUAGCUGUACGCGACAUGUUAAUGCUCGAGCCCGUAUUCUAGACACCGUCAGAACCACCGCCCCGCAGUGGCAGCGGUGGCUCACAGAACCAGAAUUGGUGGCAAGAGCGGCCAAUUUCAUGCUGCAGACGAGACUCCUCGGCCAGUUCGGGAGUAUAGUAGACACAUACCGAGUUUACCACAACGUGGCGGACUCGUGA